GCGGUGUGGCGGAGAAAGUUCAACUGGCUUGGCGAUGCGUUCUUUAAAGCCAUGAGCUCAUGAAGGAUUUCAUACUUUGUAAUUCAUUCAACUCAUACGAGAAGCGAAUUACUUGAAAAUGGUGGCCAUUCCGCAAAAUGGGGAAGACCUCGGUACUCACUUACAACCGUCACCCGAACAGAAACGGACCAUCAUUUUCAUUGCCGUUUACACUGUUGCCAUUACCAUACUAUGGAAUGUCCCUGUUUUGAAGCAAAUUCUUUGGCCUUUCAAGAUCGUCACGGUUGCGCUGCAUGAAUUUGGACAUGCGUCUGCAGGUUUAUGUACUGGCGCAAAAAUCCAGUCAAUAACACUUGAUCCAGACGAAGGGGGAUUGACAAAGAUGCGUGGAGGAAAUCCAUACUGCACGUUACCUGCCGGCUACAUUGGAUCAGCAUUUUGGGGUGCCCUCAUGGUAUUUGCCGGCUUCGAUGUUUUGGCGAGCAAAAUUGUGUCCGUUUUGAUCGGGUUGGCUAUGGUGGCAACCCUGUACUGGGCACGGAAUUGGUUGACGAGGGGGAUCACGGUGCUGUUCAUCGGCCUGAUUGCGCUGCUAUGGUGGAUUAACGGCGGAUAUUAUUUGAGAUACUUUGUCCUCUUUAUGGGGGUUAUGUCUUGCCUAUAUUCUCUCUGGGAUAUCAUCGAGGACCUUGUUACGCGCAAAGUCAACGAAUCUGAUGCCUCAAAAUUCUCGCAUCUAUGUUGCCGUGGAUGCCUUCCACCACAACUUUGGGGUGUGCUUUGGUUCUUGAUAUCGCUAGCUUUCUUGGGGCUGGCUGUAGUGGCGGCUUUGUUGGUGUUCAAGGAGGAAAAUACCGGAAGUGGACAGACCACUCCUGGCACGAGUGCAUCGUAGAAGGUUUAGACUCAUUGUAGAGAAUAUUUGUAUAUAGUUUGACUCGAUUUCCAUUAUGUACUUUUUAAUAUCAGUCGGUAGUUAGCAUCGUACUAAUCCUGAUACCAAUGAGUGUUGAGACCCC